GAACAAAGAACCCCAAAACAGUCGCGUUUUAGGACAAGUCACUAAUCCAUGCAACAGGUCAGUUCUCGGUGCGCCACAAUUGGGGCACGCUGCCAAACGAUCCGGUCUGUCCACAGUCCUAGGGAAAUUAAAGCCAUAUAAUGCAUGGUUCAUGAUUUUGUAGUGCGUUUCCCUCCAUAGCUCACUUACUACUGCCUUACGUACCUUGGCCCAGCCUUCUAAAAUAGGCUUAGCGAGGUCCGGCACCACCAAUUUAUGUUCCCAAUAAGUAAACAUCUUGGCUGAGACGGAGUCGCUACCUUUCCUACGAAUUCUCCAAUACAGAUGCUGAAGAGAUUACGUUUUGGCUGAAAGAAGACAUCAUGGCGGUCUGAGCCGGAUGGAGAAGAAAAGAAAAGAGGACGACGCUGAUCAGAAAACAUGUAAUUAGAGAAUGCCGAAGAAGCAAGGAUCAUAAUGAGUGUCGAUGAGAAGGUAGCACGGAUUAGAAACAUAAAGUUGGAUUAUAAACCGGAAAGCUGUGGUGACACCAGAGAGCGGCUGCUUGACUUUGGCUUUGACUACUGCUAUUGGUCAGUUGAUCCAGAAGAUCCUAAAUAUGCAUCUCAGGAAGUGGUAUUCCAAGACCUUGGCACCACAGUCCUUUCAGAAGCCAUUAAGGGCUAUAAUGUAUGUCUGUUUGCCUAUGGACAGACUGGCUCAGGGAAGACAUAUACGAUGAUGGGUACACCGGCAUCAUUUGGAUUAACACCACGCAUUUGUGAGGGUCUCUUCAGUUAUAAUGAUGGUUCUCCAGGCACUCCGUCCUCAAGCCGGAUUGAAGUGAGCUUUCUAGAAAUUUAUAAUGAGCGUGUCCGGGAUUUACUCCACCAAUCUGAAGAGAAGAAACCCUAUACCCUGCGGGUACGGGAGCACCCAGAAAAAGGGCCAUAUGUGCAAGGACUAUCACAGCAUGUAGUUACUGAAUAUGAACAAGUUGUUGCUCUUCUAGAGCAAGGCAUGGAAAACAGAAUAACAGCAGCUACCCAUAUCCAUGAUGCCAGCAGCCGUUCUCAUGCCAUCUUUACCAUCCAGUACACACAGGCUAUGUUAGAAGAUAAUUUACCAUCGGAAAUUGCCAGCAAAAUCAACCUGGUAGACUUGGCAGGAAGUGAAAGAGCUUCUCCAAAUUACUGCAAAGACCGCCUCACCGAAGGCUCAAACAUAAACCGGUCCUUGGUGACUCUUGGGAUUGUCAUCUCUGCAUUAGCUCAAAAUUCUCAGAUGAGUAGUAGCUGUCAAAGUAUCAACAGUAUCCUUAGUGAAGGGGAUAGCGGCAUCCCAGGCAGCCCCUCAGGAAGCAGCUCAACUGGAUCUAGACGUCAGCCAUUUGUGCCUUAUAGAGAUUCCAUUCUGACUUGGCUCUUAAAGGACAGUCUUGGAGGCAACUCAAAAACAAUCAUGAUAGCCACUGUGUCUCCAGCACAGAGUAGUUACAACGAAACCAUGAGCACCUUACGCUAUGCUUCAAAUGCCAAAAACAUCAUCAAUAAACCCAGAGUAAAUGAGGAUGCAAAUGUAAAACUGAUCAGAGAGCUCAGGGAAGAAAUUAACAGAUUAAAGGCCAUGUUGAGAAAUUUCGAAAUGAGAACAAUCAGUCCUUCUUUCAGUGAGGAGCGAGAUGGAAACCUUACAGAACUGGUGCUACAGAAUGAACUAAAGAUUGAGCAGCUCACCAAAGACUGGACAGAUAAGUGGACAGAUAAGGCCACGCUUAUGGAGCAGUACAAUGUGGAUAUUAAUGAGGGCAAAGCCAGGGUGACCAUAGGAGACUCUGGCUUACCUCACCUCAUUGCAGUGGAUGAUGAUAUUCUCAGCACUGGUGUGGUGAUCUAUUACCUUAAGGAGGGGACAACAAAUAUUGGGAGCGGUGAUCACGAUAUAGUGUUACAGAGUGAGAACAUUCAGCGGGAUCACUGUGUAAUUGAGAAUAAGUUUGGAGUAGUAGAACUGAAGCCAUCCCUCGGAGCGCUCUGCUCGGUCAAUGGGCAAGAAGUCAAAGACGGCUGUCGUUUGUUUCAAGGAGCCAUCGUUGUUUUAGGAAAAUCUCAUAGAUUUCGAUUCAACCAUCCAGCAGAAGCGGCUUUGCUGAGGCAGAUGAGAUCUGACAGUCAGGCAUCUUUUGUAAGUGAUUGUUCUCUGGACUGGCUGGACCUGUCCGGAGAGUUAUCCUCAUCUUCUAAAGAGAACUCUUUCAUCUUAAACACAAGUAAUUCAGAGUUUCCAUCUGAGGAGCACAAGCAAAGAUUGAGAGAGAUAGAAGCCACUUACAGGAAACAGAUAGAAGAACAGAAGAAAUACGUGGAGGACUUGAAAAGUCAGAUCCAGACAGCCCAGGUUAAGGGCGAGAAGGAGCUAGAACACGAGCAGUCUCUCAUCACUCAGCAGAUACAAGAGAAUGACCAGUGGCUUCUAAAAGAGAAGGAGCGUCUAAGUGCUUUGUGUCAACAGAAACGAGAAUCGUCAUCUCAGACUGAACCAAAGACAUAUGUGGAGGCUGAGGUUCAGAACUGUGUACAGACUGACAUCCAGCCAUCACUGGAAGAACAAGAGGGGAAGAAACUGGUGCAGCUGGAGCUGCUUAGAAAAUGCUCCCUACGUAGGGCCGAGCGAAGCAUCCGGAGAAAAAGAGUUAAACUUCAGCUUGAAAGAAUUGUCAAGAAACAAAAACUUUUAGAAGCUAAGAAAACCCUCCAGCAGCUGCAGGCAGCUUGUUGGCUUAGUGAUGACUUAGUGAAGCCAACUCUUCUCCAUGUCCCAAAGGUACAAGAGACUUCUCUUAAAACCACAAGCCUGCAUAGGAGCAGUAGUUCUCCUUCAGGAUUUUCAUUCUACAGAAGAUGCUCAUUACCUUGGCCCUUACAGACACUUCCUAAUUCCUAUAGUGCUGUUCUGAAAAGAAAAUGUAAAUCUGAGCUGGCUCACAUAACCAAGACUGACGAAGUUAGAAAUCCUUUACGAAGUGUAUCCAUAGAUUGUCUUCUUAAUUCUUCUGGCAACCCCAGUAGCAAUGGAGAGUUAGAGGGUAAUCCUCCCAGCACUGAUGCCAAAAAUCAGCAGUCUGUUAAAAAACAAAGAAUUGACUUGCUCAUAAAACAGAUCAAUACAAGUCCUGCUCUUCUGUCAGGUGAUCUACAAAUGAUCAAAAAACAUCAAAAAAUGGAUAAACCUAGAGGUGGAUCAAAAGGGUCUUCCACUAACUUCACAGCUGAACAACCAAAGAGAAGAAUCAUCCGGGCCACUGUAUCUACAGGUCCAAAGGACACAAAACUGAAGCCAUUAAAAAGUCCUUCUCCUUUGACUGUUGGUGGCCCUAAAAAGUGUGCAGUACAAGAAAAGAGCAAAAUUAGUCCAAAAAAUGAUGCAGGAAAAUUAGCACCACAAAAAUCUGUAAUGCAUACACAAAUACCACCUGGCCAAGUAAAGCCACCUGCUAGAGAGUCAACAUUAAAAGGCAAACCAGCCAGGCACAACAUGACUCCUCUUAAAUCAAAUACUCAAAGGAAGCCUGCUGAACAAACGACAAAGAUUUCAUCAUCUAUCGGCACAGUUCCUAAGAGACGUGGAGAAAACCAAACAAAUGACUUGAACAGAAUAAGCACAGAAAAACUUAGUAGGGAACUCCUGAAAGCUAAUACUCAAACUCUGGGAGACUAUAGGGAGGAUGACCAUACUGGUUCCUCAGAUAGUGAAAGUUUCUAUUCUAUUGAUUCUCUUUCUUCUGCUUAUGCCAGUGCUUUAACUGAACAUCUGAAAAGGGAGGAACGACACAGGCAGAGAAAUAAUAUUGGGCAUCAGGAUUCAGACAGUGAAGACAGCCAGAUGUCUCAAGACUCUCUUGCUGAGAAGGGCAAGAGAAAAGAGAGACCCAAUAAAAGAAGAUCUAACAAAUACAAGACUAUUGGGACAUCAUCCAAGACUGCCACCUCUUUUACUAGAGACCACAAUUCUUUCCCUUUGGUUACAACUGGAUCAGUCACCACUGGAUUGACAAAAAGCUUCUCUCUAGAUAGCCUAGCUGAUGCAGAAGAUGCGCUUGAGGCAGACUCAUCUGAAGAACUUCCAGCUGAGAUAUUUUGGAAGCUUCAAAGCCCUAGAAAUGGGAUGUUGAAUGAAGAAGAUCAAAAUAAGGAAAACGUUGUGGUAGCAAGAGAAGGUGAUGGCUUGGAUAAUAGUAAUUCCUUUUUUCUCAAGGAUGGACUCCCUAUUGAGCACUGUGAUGUCACUUUACAUAGAAAAUCAGACUAUUGCCCAGAUACUGCAACAAGUACACAUGUUGGAAAAUCCCAGGCAAUCUCUCUUGCUUUGAGUUCUUCUGGAUUAUCAUCUAAAGCAGAUACUUUGAAGCCAAAUGGGAAUACUGUGCAUGAGGAUGCAUCGUCUCCGGCAUGUGCCCCAACAUUGGAACCUCAAGCGAAUGAGAUUAACUGUUUAUGUGUUAAUGAUAAUGUUUCUGAAAACGAAACUGCAGAUACAUGUACCGCUAAAGGAAAAGAAACUGUACAAGAAGGAAAUGCUCAUGAGUGUUGUCCAUCUGAUGUAACUGAAUGCAAUGAAAAAAAAACUAAUUUGAAAAGUAAAGACAAAGAUUCAACCUUUUUAGAAACACCUGUAACCUACAUUAAAAAUGUACCUUUUAGGAAGGACAUUCAGAGAGAAGGUGGGCAGGUGAAUGCUAACACUUUAAAGAGCCCAAUAUAUUCCAUAAGUACUAAGGAGCUGUGUGAAAUUUCUGAUGCAGAUCAAGUGACGACACUUAAAUGUAAAGAGAUUCCAAGUUUGCGCUUAUCCCAGGAAAAUUUCCAUCUUAAUAAUGCCACUACAAAAACCAUCGGUGAGGAUACAAAUUAUGCAAUGCCAACAUCUUUACCUUCGCAGCUUGACAACCUGAAUACUCAACAACAGUCUUUUCCUCUUGUUUUUCAAGAAUCUGUCAUUUCUGGACCGCUGUCUUGUGAAUCAGUCCAAAAAAGUAUAGGUUAUUUUAAAGAAGAUGAUCAACAAAUGUAUGAGUCUAACAGCAUCCAAAGUGAAAUGUCCACAGUAGAGCGAGAUAUUAAUUGCAAGACUAAAAAUGUAACCAAUCCAGUACAAGAAACACAAAAUAUCCGUAAACAUGAUAAUGAACAAUGCUGUGUCCAAAAAAAUGACAGCUUUGAACAUGGGCAGGUUUGUAGUGCUGAAAAUACUACCAGAAGACCAUUUGAUAGGACAGUGAACAAAAGUAUUGGUGCACUAGAAAACCAAACUCAUUGUGCAUCAGCUAGCAUUCCAAUACCAGCCCAGCACAGAUCCCUUUCUCAACAAGACAAGGUAAAUGAGAGAUCUGUACACUCUAAAAGUCAAGAAUCUAUACCUGACCCUUGUUAUGAAGCACGUGCAAUACCUAAACAGUUAGCACAGUCACUUUGCCACAAAUCAGAAAAAGUUGUUGUGAUGGCCGUAGACCCAUCUCCAGUCACAGAGCUCAAUAAACAUCUGUUCAGUGAUGACGACAUCAAUGUUGAUGUGGCAGAAUAUAAUAGCAUUAUCUCUGAUAAAAAUAGUAAGGAACUAUGUUUUACUGUACAUGAUAGAACUUUGGAUGAAAAUUGUUACAUGGAUGACAUAACAGAAAAACCUUCAAGCAUGAAAUCCGUAGCUGUCAGACCUUCUCCGUAUCCAGACACAAAAAUUUGCAGCAUUAAAGUAACACAAGAACAUCUUGAUAAACCUGAUGAAACUACAACCAUAAAUGAUUACACACAGAAAGAGUGUUCACCUUCAAGGACUUUACAAGAAAAUAGUAUGUUUUACGAAAGUGAUGAUAAAUCUCAAUAUGCACCAGCAAAGACUUGUUUAAUUUCAAAACCUAAAGGAUCUGCUGAAAGUACAAAUACAAUAGAAACAAGCUACCUGCUCUACUCUGAGUGUACCAGUAAUAAAAGCCAGAGAAAUAAUGAUAAUUUACCUGAAGCUGAUCCUAAAGAAAUACAACAUUUAUGUGCAACAAAUCAGACAGAAAGAUUAGAUGAUAUCAAGGCUGCACACAGUCAUUUGCCUACUGCUUGUGAAGCUUCCAGACAGGACCACUUUUCCUCCACAGUUAAUAGUCAAUCUUCCAACAAGGAUUUGGCUGCACAUGACAGCACAAAAUCUAAAAUGAUUUUGAAUUUAAAUCUAGAAAGUCCUGGAAUGUCAUUUUGCAUUAACAAAAAUAUUACUUUAAAACCAAGUACACUUAAGGACAUUGAUAGCAAUGACAAGGCUGUGGCUUUAAAGCAUGGAAAUGACUUCAGCAGCACAAAGGAUGUUCUUUCUGAGAGUGAUCAUUGUAAACCUUUUAGUGGGCCUGAAUAUAGUAUGGAGCUAAGAUAUUCUGCUGAGGGAUCAUCCAGUGGUACACAGAGAGAUGAUUCUGCCAAUCACCAUUUGUUAGAAGAUAUGAGUGGUACUUGUCCGCCCCUUCCAUAUUAUGAGGCAAAGAUGCAGAAUAAACCUUUUUGUAAGGCAAAGGAUCAGACUAAAAAUCUUGAUCAAGUUAUGUUUUUUGAUGAUGUAGACAGUUCAGAAGAAAUGUUUGCCACUAAACAAACUGGCAUGAAUAUUAGUUUCCCAAGCUUGAGCAGAGUAAAAGAUGCUGUGGUAAUAGACAAUGUUAUGGAGGAUGAAACUGUGCAGCAUUCCAGAAGUAGUAAUUCUACAGAGAAAGAAAGAAUUGGAUAUAGCCUGCAAAGUGAAGACCCAGGACUUAGUAGUUUAUACAGAACAAGAGAUGGUAGUAGUGUUGGCCAGAGUACGGACUCAUAUUCUUUGAUAAUGCCAAAACAAUAUGAUAGGUCUCAAGAUAGCACAGAGGUAGACAGCACAACAUCUUCCAAGAGUAACAUUAGUAAGCAUAUUUACUUGCAAAGUAGACUUGAGAGCAUUGGUGAACAUCCUAAUCAUGAUGACCGAACACAAGAAGAAAAUUCAGUGCAACAAAACUAUAAUUUAUUAAAAACCAAUGAAGUUGCACAUAAUAAAGGUAGAAUAAGAGAUGCGUGCUUACAGCAUACGUCUUCUCCCUGUACAACUGAGGAGGAAUACACCAUUUUGGAGUCCAAAGAUUUUCAUAGUACAUCUACUGCUACAUCAUUCAAUUCUUCUAAAUGCAACAUAAAGCCUGACACAUUGCAGAAUGCAACGGCUAACUAUCUAAAUGAAAAUGAUGGUUUUCAAAAUAUGAAAAAAGAGUCAGUACUGCAUAGAGAUGAUUCAUAUUCUGAAUGUAGCACUGUAGACAAAAUGUAUCAGCAAACUUGUAAGUCAUCACUCUCUGAUCCAUUUAUUAAUGACAUUAAUGGGGAACAUAGUGCGGACAUGACCGCUGAUUUAUCUGAUUGCAUCACAAACAAAAAGGCUUGUGAAGUAGAAUGUGAAUUGAGUCAGUUAUGUGACCAGAAUAUUCCACCGCUUACUUACAGCGACCAAGUGAAUGAUCGAGACACUUGCACUGUAGAAGAUAACGAUUAUUCUAUAGGCAUGAGAGACAAAGAAAAUGGUGGACAUGAGGAAAAUGGUAGGAUGACUAUGGAAGUCUGUGGAGAAUAUUCUUCAGAUCUGAGUGAGUCCACAGACAUUUCUUCCAGUGACACAGAUACAUCCAGAUAUUUGGUUUUUCAGAAUUUCACUGGUUUGCAGAACAACUUAGUAGAUGGGUUAAGUGAAUGUGAAUCAUAUUCCCCAGUGACUACAGAGGUUGCUAAAGAUAUUUCUCAGUCAGCUCAUUUUGGAGAAGAAAUGUCCCGAUGCACUGACAGCAUUGAAACUCCAUCUCCUGAUCAUCCCAAUAUUCUAGAACAAAUGGAUUUGACAGAAUCUAAUGCGAAUGAAUUGUCUAUUAAACUUCCUGCAGUAUUAGUAAGUCCUUCCUAUGUUGACAAUUCACUGAGUAGAUCAAGUUUUGAUGGAAAAUUUGAGGAACAAGCUAAAACAAUGAAGUCAGAAGAAUUUGCACAACAUAAUGUGACUGAUCAUUGUACGCAAACAGUUCAGUCACCUCAUUCUACAACAAACAGCAUUUUAAUGGCAGGUGUAGGUGACAACGCUCAUCUGAUGCAAAAACUACCAGACGAACACCACAGCAACCUGAUUCCCAAAUCUUCAUACCAAGCAGAGCAGUCAACAGAUAUGGUAGACAACACCGAAGGUCUUCACUUCUCCUCAAGUGACAUCAAUCCUUUUGUUCACUCUUGGCAGCAAGAAGAUUGUCCCAAACCUGGAUGGAGGAACUGCACGUUCAAAAGUGCCAGUGAUGUAUCCUGUGCUAAAUUCAGAGAACAGGCAGAUAAACUGAUACGGUGCUCCAGCGUUGACGAAGGUCUCAACAGUCACAAUUCUCCCUUUCAUUCUCACCUCAGCUCCUAUGCUAAAACUGUAUCCAGCACCAUAAGUAGUCUUGGAAGGAAUGAUUCAAGGCCAGAUAUAACUUCACUAGAUGAUUCUCAGGAACUUCUGUCUGAUGAGUCUGCUGUCAUGUGUACAGAGAACAAAUUAGAAUUUUCAGAAAUUUCUGGGUUACAGAGAAAAUUAGAAGACUACUCGCAGUUGGAUGAGAUAAUAUUUUUGUACACAUCAGAAUCAGAGACUUGUAAUGAACCUGUAAAGCGAAUAUUUGGGGAACAGGGCACGCAAAUUAAGCAUAAGCAUCGUAAGACUUAUAAGCACCAGAGAAACCAUACUGAUGUGCCAUCUUCAAGGCAGAUGAGGAAUAGGAAUGUAUGCCAGAGACCUGCGUCCUGGUCAAGUGUGCAGAGCAUGUCCUUACAUUUAUCACAACUCCUGCAAGAAACUUCAGAAUUGCUAGGAAAUCUAUCAAAACAUAAUCCUGAACAUGUUGAUAAAGAUGCCUUAAGGGUGCAAAUAGAUGCUGAAGAGCCUAUUCUGAAAAGAUCAGUGAGAGACUCUUCCACUCAGACAUCUGUGGACAAGGGUAUUCAGACAGAUUCACUAAUGGUGAACAAUGCACAAAAUCUUACAAGGGAGCACAAACAUUUCCUAAGCUCCCCAGGGAUAAAUGUUAUAGUUAAAGUUCUUGGAACAGACUCCUUGACGCCCGUUCCUCAAAACAUGGGUUUAAUAGAACAAAUCAACAGCAAAGGGACCAAAACACGAACACAGAGUCUACCAAACUUACACGAGUUUGAGCCUUGCAAACAAUCUGACCAUGUUUUUUAUCAUUCACCUCAAGUUCGAGCAUCCACCCCAUUCCUAACUGGCUUGCAGGACAUGUCAUCUAUAGCUUUUCCAUAUUCUUCCUCAAAAAGUUCCUCUGUUUCCACAAAUGUGAAUAAAUGUACAGAAGAUACGGUAGUAAAUAGUCCAUCUUCAAGUGUGGUUGACUCCAUGAGAUACCACACAAGUUGUCAUGAGAUAGCUGCAAUGGUUGAUAGGGCCUCAUCACCGAUUUUAACAGUGAAAGCAAGUAAGAAAUUUCACCAUAAACUUGUACAUGGCAAUCCUUUAAAUAAUCAGAAUUUUGCUAAAAUCCUUCGUAGCAGAAUGAGAAAAGAGCGUGAACUUCGUGGCCUGCAACUGAACAGUUCUCGAACAGAAACGGACAGUGAAUCUAAUGUAGGCAAUAUAUUUGAAACUACACGGAGUAGCUCAUUGAAAGAAACCACUCGAAAAAGAGCUUCAUCUGCUAAAUUCCAGAGAUUUGUGAGUGAAGGUUGCAUUUUACGAGAUACAUGUUCUUCACUUACCAACCAUUCCAGUAGUAACUCAGAGAUGACAGGUAGUGGAAAAAGUUGUAAUGGCGUGAAUUAUUUCACCACUAUGCAAAGUGAGAAGACACCCCAUCCCUGGGAGCAUUUGCAGUCACUUCAAAACCUCUCCUUAAUGUCACAGCCUCUACCAAGCAAACAUGGUCAGAUUCCAAGACAAAGUCCAAAAGAAUUCAGUAGUGAUAAGAAUGAUCUUGGAAGUUUUACUAUAACAUCAGGUAACUCUUACAUUAAAAAUAGAGGCUAUCCCUAUUCACCUUCACAGAUGAGCGGGUUUGGCCUGCAGUUACAAGAUGAUGAAUUAUCAGUUGUGGAAAGUGAGUGCAACACAGAUAUUCUUCUGGGUCAGGAGCCGGCCUUCAAAACCAGUCAGAAACCACAGAGUUAUGCACUGCAGGAUCUACCCAUGCACAAUAAAUUUAGCAAUUGGUCUGGAGUUCAUUGUGGUGCAACUAAAAAUGGAAUGAUGAGCAGCAGCCCUGAUCUGUAUAUGAGAGAAAGUACUACUAAGACUGAAGCUUCUCAGGACGUACCUGAGAGCAGAUCACAGGAGAUCGAGAGGCUGAAGAGAGAACGGGCAGAGGUUUUGUCUGCAAUGCACUUGGAGAUGAAUUCCCUGCCUCUUACCGUCCAACUUGCAGAAGCCAAACUGAGCUAUGGCAUUGGAGAAACAGAUGCACUUCUGCGAGUUAUACAGACAGGAAAGAUGGAUCUCCAAAAUACAGUACCUAUAAAGAAACAGCUAUAUGAACGACACAUGAAAGUGAUAGAAAAUCUACGUAAGGAAAGAGAGGAAAGGCUUCAGAUUUUUAGAAGAAGUCGAAGUCUCAGCCCCCAGAAACAGCUGAGUGCAUCACAGGCCUCGCUGACAUCCCUGAGGGAGUCUGAAUUGCCCAGCCGGCGUAGAGAGUACCUGCAGCAGCUCAGGAGGGAUGUGGUUGAUAAUACCAGGAUUCAGGAACCAAAAAUUAGAGCACCACAGUGUCCUUCUGAAAUUGAAGUAAUGCUAAAAGACUACCAGAAGGCUCGGGAAGAGGCUAAAACUGAGAUUGCCAAAGCAAGGGACAAAUUACGAGAGAGGGCCGAGAUGGAGAGGAGACGGCUACAACAGGGUAGUCUAACUAAGGAUGAUACCAAAAUGAAGACACUUGUAAGCACCAGCACUUUAUUUACCAAUUCCAGUCUUAGCCUGUCGUCAGGACCCACCUCUGGGUAUAACAGUGGUAUGACCGCAACAAAUGGUCAGGGCAGCAAACUGAGCAGCCAGGAGACAUUGCCAAGAAAUUUGGAUCCAGCUCUGGGCUCUGGAAGAGGUCGCUCUGCAGUGAAAAAUUGUGACCUUUUAACUCUUACCAACUUCUCAAUAUCAGACACAAAAAGAACAAGUUAUAUGUCUACUUUGAAAUCGCCUGAAAAUACAGUUGCCUGCACUUCCCUGUGGGAUUCUCCCCUCCAGUCUCCUGUAAUCUCCUACCAGGAGCUCGCCACUCAGGUCCAGGCCAGCGCCAUGGCAGAGAUAAUGUCUGCUUGUUCCUACGAUAUAAAGAAGCUAUAUCAUCGCCAAGCAGCCGCUGGAUGGAUAUAUCAGAGCACAGAGAAAGAUGUCCUGGUGUACUAUAAGGCCUUCUCAUCACCAACAAAGCAUGGCUUUAUGGGAGCUGGCGUUAUCAGGCGGCCACUGCAGGAUGUCUGGUGUUUGGUGGAAGAUGUUACCGCAAGGCGUUUGUAUGACCAAUCCAUCCUUACAGCCUCUGUACACGAGAGAGUGAGCAGCAAUAUUCAGCUGGUUCACGUGGUGACGGACACAUCGCUUUGCUAUCUUAAACAACCCAGGGACUUCUGUUGUAUGGCUGUGGAAUUUAAACAAGAGAAGUGUUACAGCUUGUGCUUCCAGUCUGUGUAUAAUGAGUCCAUGCCGCGUCCUACUAAAGACACUGUACGAGGAGAGCUCCUGCCCAGCGCAUGGAUUCUACAGCCUGAUACCGUCAAUGGAGAGGCCAUCACGAGAGUCAUUUACAUGAUACAGGUGGACCUUGGUGCACCCGCUAUCUCUUCUAGGCUACUCAGCGUGAUUAGCAAACGUCAGCCCCUGGUGAUCGCCAACCUGGCUCACUAUCUUUCUAGGUAAUCUGGAGCAAGUGACGAACUACCAGCGAAUUCUUGUAUCACCGGGUCACAGUGAAUUAUGUAGCAUUAGGCAGUUGUGAGACAAUCGUCCCAUUGCAUGGUUUUAUUCCCAUGUAGAUGCAAUAUUUUAAAGUAAAAAAUGGAAACUAUAUGGAAACUGGGGCAAUGGAAGGACCAAUUCCCCAAUAUUGUUAGGAUCACUC